GUCAACGUGGUCGAGCGCGCCUCUUAACAUCUGUUCAGCUGCUACCGGACAUUUUUUGGAACCACGACGUUCUCUCUAAUUGCCUGACAGGAUUGAGAUGUUCCAGUUUAGGUUUUCGAUAGUGCUGAAGGAGUUGUUUGAAGCCACCCUAAAGCGUCCCUCGUCCGGCUCUAGACAGAAGACCUGGUCACCGACCCACCGCUGCUGCUUCGGCACCGCCUCCGUUGAUGCCAGAACAAUCUCUCCUCAACUCAAGGUCCUCCAUGCCGCUACUUACCGCCCGGCGCUCCGCGCCGCGCCCUUUACCGCCCCGUUCCGCUCGUACUGCACAAAACCUGAAGGGGCCGUGGAGCUGGACGAACAACUGAAGAAGGAUGUUGUCAGCCAAGAAGAAGCCAGUGAAAAGAGAAGAACUGCAGGCAUUCUCCCCAGUUUGGAGGACUUGCUCUUCUACACAGUCGCAGAAGGCCAAGAGAAGAUUCCUGCUCAUAAAUUUCUCACAGCGCUUAAAGCCACCGGGCUUCGCACUGGAGAUCCCAGACUGAAGGAAUGCAUGGACACCCUUAAAGAAACUCUAAGGAACACAACAGAUGGCGUUACGCUGGACAGGCACCUAUUCAAGAAGUGUGUCCAGAGCAACAUUGUCCUGCUCACUCAGGCCUUCCGCAAGAAGUUCGUCAUCCCAGACUUCCAGUCCUUCACCUCCCAUAUUGAUGAGCUGUAUGAGAGUGCCAAAAAGCUCACUGGAGGACAGGUUGCAGACUACAUUCCUCAGCUCGCCAAAUUCAGCCCUGACCUGUGGGCCGUCUCUCUGUGCACAGUGGACGGACAGAGGCACACGGUAGGAGACACCAAGGUCCCUUUCUGUCUGCAGUCCUGUGUUAAGCCUCUGAAGUACGCUGUGGCUGUCCAUGACCACAGCACAGAGUAUGUGCACAGUUUCAUUGGGAUGGAGCCCAGUGGCCUGCGCUUUAAUAAGCUCUUCCUGAGUGACGAUGAUAAGCCCCACAACCCCAUGGUGAAUGCUGGCGCUAUAGUUUGCACUUCACUGAUAAAGCAAGGUGCAAGCAACGCAGAAAGAUUUGAUUAUGUCAUGAACUUUCUGAAAAAAAUGGCUGGAAACGAGUACGUGGGUUUCAGCAAUGCCACAUUCCAGUCAGAGCGUGAGUCAGGAGACAGGAACUUUGCCAUCGGCUACUACCUGAAAGAAAAAAAGUGUUUUCCAGAGGGGACAGACAUGACAUCUGUACUGGACUUCUACUUCCAACUGUGUUCGAUUGAGGUGACCUGCGAGAGCGCCAGUGUCAUGGCAGCCACCCUGGCUAACGGCGGCAUCUGUCCAAUCACGGGCGAGCGUGUGCUGAACCCCGAGGCGGUGAGGAACACCUUGAGUCUGAUGCACUCCUGCGGCAUGUACGACUUCUCAGGACAGUUUGCUUUCCACGUCGGUCUGCCUGCCAAGUCUGGAGUAGCGGGGGGGAUCCUGCUGGUUGUACCCAACGUGAUGGGUAUUAUGUGCUGGUCACCUCCGCUAGACAAGCUGGGCAACUCAGUCAGAGGAAUACAGUUCUGCACGGACCUCGUGGAGCGUUUCAACUUCCACAACUACGACAACCUGAGGCACUUUGCCAAGAAGCACGACCCUCGCAGAGAAGGAGGGGACCAGCGGGUCAAGUCUGUCAUCAACCUGCUGUUUGCUGCCUACACAGGAGACGUCUCUGCACUGAGGAGGUUUGCGCUGUCAUCCAUGGACAUGGAGCAGAGGGACUACGACUCUAGAACGGCCCUCCAUGUGGCAGCAGCUGAAGGACACACAGAGGUGGUGCGCUUCCUCCUGGAGGCCUGCAAGGUGAACCCAGUACCCAGAGACAGAUGGGGGAACACUCCGAUAGAAGAAGCGGUGCACUUUGGCCACCACGACGUGGUCACCAUCCUGCAGAAACACAAUGAGAAAUACAGCCCGCCUGCUGGGGCUGGCGACAAGGAGAGUGCUGAGAAGAACCUGGACAGCCUGCUGUAGACCUGCUGCACACAACCAACAUACUUUAGGUGGACCAUUGUUCUUGAACAACUUUAUACAUUAGUGACCAUACUUUGGAUAUGUGUGGUGAAUUAGUUAUUGUUGCUGUGUCCCGUCCGGUGUGCUUUGCUUUGUGGCUGUACGUCGCUGCUCUACUUCAUAUCUCUCCCCUGCCUCGAUCAUACCAUGUUUAAACAAAUGAUACAAUAUCUGGACAUCUGUAAUGCAAUGCUUACAGUAUAUUACUCAUGUCACGUGUCGGUCAGAGGUGGGGGGGCUCUAGUGACACGACAAACUUGAGGACUUGAGACUUGACUUGGUAUUCCAGACUUGAGACUUGACUUAGACUUGAGACAGGUGACUCAAAAGGACUUUUUAUUAAUGUAAUAAAAAUGCAAUAUUUGCUUUUUUCAAGCUAUUGAGAAGUUACGUUUUGUUUUUGAAACAUGACUGGGUGAUUUUUUUUUGUGGAAUGUUGGCAAACCUGGCAACCUUCCAGAGUGCAGCAGACCGGCAGAGGCCAACGAAGGAGGCAGGAGGGGCUAGUCUCGCCUUGGCCAGACUCUGGCAUUCCUGCAUAGGAGAAAAACCUGCUCUGGUUUAUUGGUAUUUCUGUAAACCAGUUACAAUCCAUCUUGGGCAGCGCUAAGCGCCGGACGGAGCCAGGGUGCCUCUGAAAAAUAGCCUCAGGAAGGAACUUGUUUUGGUGGAACACGUGUACGUUCAAAAGUAGUUUUAGUCGUGCAACAGAAAACUCAGACUGGACAGAUAGUCUAGCUAGCUGUCUGGAUUUACCCUGCAGAGAUCUGAGGAGCAGUUAACCAUAGUCCUCACAAAUCCACCGGAGGCUAGAACACCAACACAGAGGAACAAUACGUGCGUCACCUGAACAAUACCGAAAGUGGAACGUCGUCAAUAUAUGCCGGGAGGGGCGUAAUGCCAAAAAUAAUCAAAUUUGGAUUCAAGGAUUAUGUAGUCAAUGGCCGUAGUAAGAAGAGAACAGAGGUGUGAAAGGUCUGCAGCUCAAAGAUCACCGACACGACCACCACCACAACAUCUGAGCUAACCUCAGCGAUCACUACGAAGCCCACAAGGAAAGGGGCGUGAACGUGUCUGUUUAGCUAGGCGUAGCCUCAACAGGCUGGUUAAACGUUCAUUUGGACCUACUUUAGACUGUAUGACUUGACUUGUGACUUGCUUGACUGAAAGCAGAGACUCGACUCGACUUGCUCGAUUCUCACUACGGUGACUUGAGACUCGCUCGUGACUCACUCCCACCUCUGGUGUCGGUACUGUAAAUCACAUCUACGGCAUCCCAGGAUAUAGACUGUAUCAAAGUGUAUUAGUUUAGUUCCAGUGUAGUUCAUGUUAUACUGUUCUUUACCUAGAAAUAUUUGGGUUAAUACUCCAAUUGUACAAUUGUAUUAGUUUUGUGAGCUAGUGAGGUGUUCGGGAAAUUCCAAUAUAAACUUUAUAACGCGUCUGUGUUUGUGUAAACGUGUAAAGGCUCACAGGCAUUAAGCUGACACUGCAGUAAUGUGCCUGUCUGGGUUCCAUAUAGCUGCAUCUAUUCUCCGAUUGUUCUCCUGACUGCUGCGAGGUCAGCGGCAGGUUUUAUGAAGCUGCGUCUCCUUUGAAAGAUUGUACUCCGAAUGUAUUUUUCAGUGGCAACACUUGCAAUAGAAGCACUGUAUUUAUUUCACAGAGAUACUUUUUAAAGAGUAAAAUUCAUUUAAAGAUGUAAGAUUGUGUCAUGUUUUGCACCUGGGAUAAAGGCAAGUUGGUUUCUUUA